UAACCAAUAAGUACACUAUGCGGCGAGUCGCUUCCGAUAUGGUUGGCUAGCUACCGGCCUCCGGACGCCAGUUGCUCGGCGGUUAGUCCCUGGCCCCGGUUCGACCCCCACACACGUCCAACUUACUUCAAACUUUAAUUCAACGUGCAUGUAAAAUAACAACGUUCGGAAAUUUAUAAACGUUGCCGUAACCAGUUUUGGUAUAUUUGGUAAUACAUUUUCAGUACAGUGUUAUUUCGAAAUUUGAAUUUAACGGUCGCGUUCAAAGUUUAAUAAUAAAGUGUUAAGUUUUAACAAUAUAAUAAGAAUUAAAAUAAAACUUAUUUUUAUGUCUUCAGUGUAACUGUCAUAUAUAGUGGACUGUAAUAAUAUUUGGAUCGCAGUUUGGACUUGAUUUUGAAGGAUGUGGUGGUUGCUGAAGUUAUCAAUCGUUAUGCAAUGUGUCAACUCCGUACGCAUAACGCACAUGCGUGUACCAGAAGUGAUACAGUACGGCACCAAGGAUUCCAUCACGCUGGACUGCGACUACGUGACCACUAACGUGACGGGACUGGUAGUGAAGUGGUUCUUCAAUUACCGGGAGCAGCCGGUGUACCAAUGGAUACCGCCGCAGAAGCCGCAAGCACUGGGGAUAUUAAAAGAUAAACUCGACCUCAACUACAGGGUAUCCCACAAUGCGUACACGCAGCACAGAGCGCUGCGAAUCCUGUCUCCCACCACAGAUCUCACGGGGAACUACACAUGUGUCGUCUCCACAUUCUUGGCUGAAGACGAGAGGACCAGACCGAUGACCAUAUUUGUGCCAGAAACACGCUUCGACAUGAUACAAGACAGGCUGGACGACGGGUACCUCAAUAUCAUUUGUUCAGCUGAAGGAGUGUUUCCAAAGCCGGAGCUCCUAAUCUUAGCAGGUAAUCGGCCUUUGAACGCGAAGACCACCAUCAAGCUGCUGGAAGGCCGGUAUACUGCACUCACCAGCGCCCUGGUUAGGGUCGACGCUUUGCCCCCGACUGUGGAGAUUCUCUGCGAUAUGCAAGUGCCGCUCGCCAACUACUUUAGCAGGAAAAGGGAUAUAUUUUAUAGAGAUCCACCUGUUACGCCUCCUGAAUCACCAAAUUCAAUGCACACGUCUGCACCAGAUAGUGGCAUUAAUGUUGCUCCACAAUGGACUGUCGUCAUGGUCUCACUAAUAUAUGUGCAUUUUAUAACAAUACCAAAUUCAUGAUGUAUUUGCUACAAAUAAUAAAGCCUAUUAGAAAAUAAG